UAAUAUUGUAUACAUAGUUCGUCGUCGUAUAGUAUUAAUAAUAUUUAUCGCAAAUAUUACACUGUUAUUAUAUUGUGGUCGUUCAAAUCUCUACGCGUACGUUCCGAUCGUUUUUAACCGUGUACACCCGCGAUUCAUCCGAAGUACAUSAUACUAUAUUAAGUUGUAGUACCAAUUAUCCGUUGAUAUAGUGUAUACCUACGUUUCCUUCGUUCUUGUCGCGGACUCUGAAAAUCCUGCGUUGGCGACGAUCGUCGAAUAAUAAUACUUUGUUUAACGCAUAAUAUUAGUAUUUUACACACCAAUUAUUAGUUUACCGGCGCCGCUCAUCGUGCUGCAGCAGCUGCAAUUGCACUGCGACAUCCGCGCGUAUAUUCUGUUGUUUCCGUGGCUGGCGCGUGGCAUGUAGAGCGAUGGCACUGGGCAUAUCUUCGACGCCCACCGACUCGUCGUCGGGCCGGGGAUCGCCAGUGAGCCCGAUCAGCAGCCCGGUGACGCCGCUGGCCACGCGGCUCGCGCCCAUGCCGCCAAUGGUUCCCAAUCCCAUGUUCGGGCUGCCCAUGCUCAACUUCAGCGUGUCGCAGGUGGCCAGCGUGUGCGAGACGCUCGAGGAGAGUGGUGACAUCGAGAGGCUGGCCCGGUUCCUGUGGUCACUGCCCGUCGCCCACCCCAACAUUGUCGAGCUGAACAAGAGCGAAGCCGUCCUCCGAGCCCGGGCCAUUGUGUCGUUCCACAGCGGCAACUACCGUGACAUGUACACCAUACUGGAACACCACAAGUUUACCAAGGACUCGCACGGGAAGCUGCAGGCCAUGUGGCUGGAAGCCCACUACCAGGAGGCCGAGAAGCUCCGUGGCCGGCCGCUGGGCCCGGUCGACAAGUACCGCGUCCGCAAGAAGUUCCCGUUGCCCCGGACCAUAUGGGACGGCGAGCAGAAGACACACUGCUUCAAGGAGCGCACCAGGAGCCUGCUCCGUGAAUGGUACCUCCAGGACCCGUACCCCAAUCCUACCAAGAAGAAGGAGCUGGCCCAGGCCACUGGACUGACGCCCACGCAGGUGGGCAAUUGGUUCAAAAACCGYAGACAACGUGAUAGAGCGGCAGCGGCCAAAAACAGGAUGCAACAGCAGCAGUUCGCCGCCCAGUUAGCGCAUUCGGGCGGUCGGCACUUGAACCUCCGGCGGUCCAUGUCACCGGGUGCGGUCAGUACCACCGGGUCCGACCGCAUCGGCCUCACCAACCCGUCGCCGUGCACGUUACCGCAACCGCUGGCGCUGCACAGACCGUUCACGUGAUACAGCCCGCCUCACCCGCCGAUCACCGCCGGCUGGUGACGCGCCUUCYGCCGACGACGCGCACGGUUUGAUUUGUUCAUUUUUGGUCGUUUCGUUUUCUCUCUCUCACUGUUUAUAACCACGACGAUGACAAC